AUGGCAGGAAUAGAGACGAGCGAGGAAAAUGACAGCGACGAACUUGUGCCUAAAAAGAACAGUCACUUUCUGGGGAACAACACGGUGAUCGAGGUUCUGCGCAGUCAGGGUUAUGAGGUCGAACACACACCCGCCGGACAGCCACUGCACAGGAGGUCAUCAGAAGAUCUGACAGAUUCACCGCUGGAGCCGUUCUUACACGACACCGAAGAUCAUCAGGAAUCCGUCCCGCAGCGGCUUCCACACAGUCUGGAGUUACUGGAGAAAGUGGAACGCAAACUGAAGAAGAAACGUCGGAACAAACAGAAGAAGCCACAGAAGCAUCGGCACUUCAAUGAUCUGUGGGUUCGUCUGGAGGAGAGCACAACGGCUGAGCCUCCGCCCCCUCUCGUCCGCAUCAUCAACGGUUACAUCAAGACACACCCACAAGACCACGGCAGACCCAAUCGUGAGCAGAUGUUCUCAGGCUCCGCCUCCUCAUGGACAAGCACUGCUUUUAUUCUGUAUGUUCAAAUUGCUCUUCUGACGCUUCACCUUUGACCUCUGAUGACCUCUUCAUUUCCCUCACUUUCAUGUACAUAUAUGUCUAAUGUAUGAUCGAUGUCAUUUAGAGUUUUUGCUCUUCACUUCUCAUUAUAUGUAUUUAAGAGCCUUUAUAUUUUUGUGAUAAAAUCUGUUACUAACCAGCGUUGAUAAAUAAGCGUAUUUCGCCUCUUCAGUAAAAUUUCCUUUCUAGAACUUCGUGGCUUGUUGAAUGUUUUUUUAUUCGAGAUUAUUGGUUUAAUUUAUUAAAUAGAUGUUUUUAGUUGAUGUGUUUGUUACAGUAUUCUACAGAACUAAUAAACUCUGACACGUGCGCUUGUAUAGAAUGUGUGAACACAGCAGCGUGACAAUAUGAAGUGAUAUCAUGUGAAUGUUAGUUAUGCGGUCUCGCUCUAUAGACGCUGUGAUCCUCGUUUACAGUUUCAGCUUCUGUGAUGUCAUUGUGAACAGAAACGCCUCAUACGUCUGUGUGAUGUCCAGCAGCUUUUAUGGACAUGUGGGUGCCAGCAUGUGUUUUAUGUUUAAUGUCUACGGUUCACAUUCAGCUUCUUAAAACACAGAGAGAUUGAUUUUCCUCACAGGAAUUCAUACAGAAGAACCAACAGCAACCGCGCUUCAUCCUUUUUAUUUCAAGAAACAGCAGGAAGGUUUUUAGAUUGGUUAAGUGCUUCUGAAAGAUUCUCUAGAGCGAAAGCUCUGACAUCUAGUUUAUUUGACUUUAUACAAUCAUAGGAACGAGUUUGAGGGCUAUUUUAACAGGAUUUACUUUGGUGGUUUCAAAUCAAAUUUGGGAAUGUUUCAGCCUUUUCUACUCUGACGGACUUUUCUUUUUUCUUCAAAGGAAUUACCAUAUUAUUUUAGACAUCGUUGUCAUGGUCAUUUUAUUUACAUUUUUUAAAACAUACCAUUUUAAUACAAUUGUAUUUUUUGCCCUGCAAAAAUGUGAAGACCCCUGGUCCAUAAUGUCAUGUGUAAAAAAAUGAUAAA